AUGUCGGACCUAUUUCGAGAUGCUCCCGUCGGACAGAUGAUCCGAUGGCUUUCUAAAGACAGACUUUUACAGUAUCCGGAAGAAAAAGAUCCAUCGAUGUAUGAGAAGUAUCUCAACCGGGAGAAAUCAGGGAACAUGGCCAGACACGGUCAACCAAACGUACCCGAGGGCGAUCAAGAUAAUCAAGACCGUUCACGACACAACUCACAAUCUUCUGAGCCAACCAAGAAAGAAGAGGAUACAACGGUCAAUUCUGCGAGUGGGAAAGUUGUAGAUUCUGAAAAGGGAAAGGAUGUAAACCUCAUUGACUGGUGGGGACCCAAUGAUCCAGAAUGCCCGACCAAUUGGUCUCAGAAAAAGAAGUUUCUGGUGACUUUCGAGUUAUGCCUGUUAACCACCAGCAUCUACAUCGGCUCUUCCAUCUACAGCGCUGGCGAACAACAAAUUACCCAGAUCUUCGGUGUUUCAACAGUUGUUGCAACCAUUGGUCUUACGACAUUCGUUGCCGGCUACGGUCUUGGGCCGAUGAUCUGGAGUCCGAUGUCAGAAAUUCCACAAAUUGGCAGAAACCCCAUCUACAUCGUUACACUCUUCGCUUUCAUCUUCUUGAACUUUGGCGUGAUAUACGCUACGAACAUAGGCAUGCUUUUUGCUUUUCGAUUCCUUACAGGGUUCGUCGGAAGUCCGGUGUUAGCCACAGGCGGAGCCUCCCUCGCCGAUAUAUACGUGCCUAGGAAAAGGGCUUAUGCAGUUGCCAUCUGGGGCAUCUCGGCGAUUUGUGGCCCUGUUUUGGGACCUUUGGUCGGUGGAUUUGCUGCCCAGCAUGAAGACUGGACAUGGCCAAUCUGGGAACUUGUCUGGCUCUGCGCAUUCUGCUGGGUCUUCCUCAUGCUGUUUCUGCCAGAAACUUCUGCCAACAAUCUGCUGGUCCGUCGAACAAAAAGACUGAGAAAGCUUACCGGUAACCAAAACUUGCGUUGCGAGGCCGAGCUGAUGGGCGAAGAUAUGUCGGUCAAAGAUAUCGUUAUAAUGUCUCUUGUGCGGCCGUUUACGCUAAACUUCACAGAAGGAAUCGUGUUCGCUCUCAAUUUAUAUAUUGCUCUCAUAUACGGCCUUUUGUACGUGUGGUUCGAAAGCUUUGUGAUUGUCUUUAUCGACAUUUAUGGCUUCAACCUAGGAGAAGAAGGUCUUGCAUACCUGGGUAUCCUGAUCGGAGCAUUCGCUAUCCUGCCUCCAUUCUUUCUGUAUCUGUAUAAGGUUCUUGAGCCCCAAUUUGACGACAACGGAGACUUGAAGCCUGAGAAACGUUUGCCCCCAGCUUGCGUGGGCGCUUUCAUGAUUCCUGUCUGUUUGUUCUGGUUUGGCUGGAGUGCAAGGGCCGAUAUCCACUGGAUCAUGCCUAUCAUCGGUUCGGCCUUCUUCUCCAUGGGGUCCGUUCUCUUGUUCAACAGUGUACUCAACUACUUGCCCGAUGCAUAUCCUGAAUACGCGGCUUCGGUAUUGGCCGGCAAUGAUUUCAUGAGGUCCGCCUUCGGCGCCGGGUUCCCGUUGUUUGCCCGUGCAAUGUACGACGACCUAGGGGUGGAUUGGGCGUCAUCGACGCUUGGUUUCCUUGCUAUUGCAUUCAUACCGAUUCCCUUCGCCCUUUACUUUUUUGGAGAGACACUACGCAAGAAGUACAGUAAACAUGCUAGAAAGGACAUAUAG